AAAAAUACAUUGUGUUUUUAUUAAAUACUAUCAUGAUGAUGGUUUUUGGGUUUAUAUAUUCUCCCAACCUCUGACAAAACAUUCUUGUAUGCUUUGUUAUGUUAUAAUUACAAGACUAAUAAAGCAUUCUCUGAAUUAUUCUAUGGAAAAAACAGUAUCAGCCAGUGCCAUUGAAAACACAACUUAUCAACAUGAGGAAAGUGGUUGGACAUCUUACUUUGAUGAUUUCUCUAAAAACAUUGAACCAAGUUACUGUUCUUCUUCAAGUUUAGGUGGUUCCUCUUUGGUCUCAGAUGCUGCUUCUUGUGCUGCAUGGAAAUUCUCACAUAAAAAUCACAUUAGAAACUCACAAAACCUCUCUAAGAAACUCUCUUUGAAGAAAACAAGAACCAAACAAAUAUCACAAGAUGACCCUUUAGAAGACACCGCCAGCUCCCCUGUCAAUAGUCCUAAGGUAAGUGACAUGAAUCCAAGAGAAAUGAUUUCAAGGAAGAUUGAUGAUCAACAAGAUGGCUCUAGGGGUAAGGGAUUUAACUCAGAACAUUUUUCAGAGCUAGAGACAAAUGAUUGUGACAUGAAUUUCAAUGGAAAAAAUAUUGAUUGUACAGAUUUGAAGAAAAGAGGACUCUGUUUGGUUCCCAUGUCCAUGUUGGUAAAUUACUAUGGAUGAUGAUCGAAUGAUAGUGUGUUUGUUCUUUGUCUACAAUCUCCUUUCUUCUUUAUUCUCUAUUCCUCCAAUUCUCUUGGUGAUCUCUAUGUGUAGUGUAGCUUAAAGAAAUGGAUUUGAUGUAGUCAGUAAUCAUUGUACUUAAUGAUCUCGAUUGUUGAUGAAGAUUGGACACCGGAGAUUCUUAGUUUUUCCUCUUGUCGAAGGAAAUUGUAAAUGAAUUCGAUUGUUAAUGAAGAUUGGACGGUGGAGAUUUCAAGUUACAAACUUGCUGAAGGAAGUGGAUUUGGUGCAUGUAGUUAGUAGUCAUUGUAAUUAAUGAUCUCGAUUGUGUGAUGAAGAUUGGACGGUUGAGAUUUCAAAUUUUAUGUUUUCAUAAUGAAAGAUAUAUGAUCUCUAUCUAAUGACUUAGACAUCAUCAACUGAAGUGUCGGUAGAAAAUUAUUGACCGCGGUGAUUUUGAGUCUUAGAUUAAGUGCUCAUGUUAAAUUGCUAUAUUACAUAUAGGAUGAUCAAUGAUGGAUGAAAUAAUUUGUACAAUACCUAUUAUUAUUCAAAUUGAGCUAAAAAUUCAUAUUAA